AAGAUAUAGUAGUAUACUAAAAUUCUGACACCUAUUUCUAGCUUCUCUCAUCUCAGACUUUAGCUUCCUAUCUCCCAAAACUCCACUCCACCUGUCACCAUCCGAUACCUCCACCCUCUCUCUCAUCCUUUCCUUCUUCCUCUAAAUUCCUCCCACAAUUAGCCCCGUCGCCGGUACCUUCUUCCUUCAUGCCACGUGUCAUCCAAUCCUUCCCUAUAUAAAAAUCCCGAGAUCUUCGCUAACCGUUUUUUAUGGAAGAUAACGGAAGAAUGAAUGUAAGAUUAUCCGACGUGGUUCUUGACUGUGUGAUGCCGUACAUCCAUGACCCGAAAGACCGAGACGCGGUCUCUCAGGUAUGUCGGCGAUGGUAUGAGAUCGAUUCACAAACACGAAAGCACGUGACAAUUGCUUUAUGUUACACAACAACACCAGACAGACUUCGGAGACGGUUUCCUCAUCUGGAAUCUUUGAAACUGAAAGGGAAACCCAGGGCGGCGAUGUUUAACUUAAUACCAGAGAAUUGGGGAGGUUUUGUGAAUCCUUGGGUCAGAGAGAUUGAGAAUUAUUUUGAUUGUUUAAAGUCUUUGCACUUUCGGAGAAUGAUUGUUACAGAUGAUGAUCUUUCCAUUCUUGCGCGUUCUAGACAUCAAAGUCUUUAUUCUCUUAAGCUUGAGAAGUGUUCUGGUUUUUCUACUCAUGGACUUUACCAUAUUUCUCAUUCUUGCAAGAAUUUAAGAGUCUUGUUCAUGGAGGAAAGCUCGGUUCUUGAGAAUGAUGGAAAAUGGCUGCAUGAGCUCGCUUCGAAUAAUACAGUUCUGGAGACACUGAAUUUUUACUUGACUGAUAUUGCCAAUAUCAGAAUUGAGGACCUUGAACUUUUAGCUAAAAACUGCCCAAACCUGGUCUCUGUGAAAAUUACGGAUUGUGAAAUGUUGAAUCUGGUGAACUUCUUUCGAUAUGCAUCUUCUCUAGAAGAAUUUUGUGGAGGUUCCUACAAUGAAGAUCCAGAGAAGUAUGCUGCUAUAUCGUUACCGUCAAAGUUAAGUCGACUGGGUUUGACAUAUAUUGGAAAGAAUGAAAUGCCAAUUGCAUUCCCUUAUGCAAGCCAACUAAAAAAAUUGGAUCUUCUCUAUGCAAUGCUGGAUACGGAGGAUCAUUGUACAUUAAUCGAGAAAUGCCCCAACUUAGAAAUCCUUGAGUCAAGGAAUGUAAUUGGAGAUAGAGGAUUAGAAGUACUUGCUCGCUGUUGUAAGAAGUUGAAAAGGCUAAGGAUUGAAAGAGGUGAUGAUGAUCAAGGAAUGGAAGAUGUGGAUGGUGUUGUUUCCCAAAGAGGACUAAUUGCCUUAUCACUUGGCUGUCCAGAGCUUGAAUACAUGGCUGUCUAUGUAUCCGACAUCACCAACGAAUCUCUUGAGCACAUCAGUACUCACUUGAAAAACCUUUGUGAUUUUCGACUCGUCUUGCUCGACCGUGAGGAGAAGAUAACCGAUUUGCCACUUGACAAUGGAGUGAGGGCUCUACUGACAGGCUGCAAAAAGCUUAGAAGAUUUGCUCUAUACCUGAGACCUGGUGGUUUAACCGAUGUAGGCCUAGGUUACAUAGGAAAAUACAGUCCAAACGUGAGAUGGAUACUUCUCGGUUAUGUCGGCGAAACUGAUGCAGGGCUCUUGGAAUUCUCCAAAGGUUGUCCGAGUCUUCAGAAACUCGAAAUGAGAGGGUGUUCAUUUUUCAGUGAGCAUGCACUAGCUGUUGCUGCAACUAGGUUAACAUCUUUGAGGUAUCUUUGGGUUCAAGGGUAUGGAGCAUCAGCUUCUGGGCACGAUCUUUUGGCAAUGGCACGACCCUAUUGGAAUAUUGAGGUUAUUCCUUCCAGACGCAUGGUUGUUAAUAAUCAACAGGAUCGGCGGCCUGUUGUUAUUGAGCAUCCAGCUCAUAUUCUUGCUUAUUACUCCCUUGCUGGACCAAGAGCAGAUUGUCCUGAUACUGUUAGACCUUUGCAUCCUGCUGCAGCAGCAGAUGGUGUUGACACGUAAGGUCGUAUUUGUAUACACCAAAAUUUACCCCUUUUUUAAAGUCUUUUUUUUUUGUCACUUGAUCUUGCUUGUAUGUGGUUGAAGUGUUUUGUUAGAGGGUUUCAAUUUUCACUUCAUUCCUAAACAUUAGUAUUGUAAUAGGCAUAUAUUCUAUUUUGUAAUUCAGAUAUGCUUCUACCAACUCGUACAUCUAAUUUUUUUUCUUCAUUUAAGAUGCUCAAUUUUAUGAAUAAGAAGUAAGGAUAA